AGGGGUAUUUCUGUAAAUUGAUAAUGGAUGAGACUCUUGUCUGCUUUGCAAGUAGAAUUUAUCUAUUCGCUAUUACAAAGAGGAGCACCUGGGCUGCCUUCGACCCUCUUCAUCGCUCUUCAGAAUUUGCUCUUCUUCUGAACAUAUAUUUCUGUUUCCAAGGAUGAAAUGCAGUUCUCACAGUUCCUCGUAUGGCACUAUGCCUUAUUUAUGUGGUAGAGCAAUAGCUUCACCUCCCAAAAUGCUGCCUUUCAGGGUUCCUUUCAAUGCAAAAUCAGAUCCUCUGAAGCUUGACCUUUACCCUCGUCUGGGUUUGCUUCAUUCUUUACAGUGUGGGAACACUAAAAUCGAAGUUCCAUUGCAAUCAUCUCGGAAGAAACAGCGAUCAUAUGCCUUUGUUAUAAGGGGUGAUCAUCCUCAAAAUGCUGAUUUGCCUCGUUACUAUUCUAAAAAGGAGAAGAAACCUUUUCCAGUACCUAUAGUGGAGUUGAGGCGUGCUGCCAGAGAAAGGAUCAAAAACAGUAAAGGCAAGCCUAGAAGACCAAUUCCGCCUCCAAAGAACGGACUGCUUGUUAAGAGCCUUAUACCAGUUGCCUAUGAUGUGUUUAAUGCAAGAAUAAAAUUGAUUAACAAUCUCAAGAAGCUUUUAAAGGUGGUGCAUGUUCAUGCUUGCAGUUGGUGUAAUGAAAUCCAUGUAGGCCCUACUGGACAUCCAUUCAGAUCUUGUAGAGGCCCAAAUUCUAGCAUCCGCAAGGGCCUCCAUGACUGGACAACCGCAACUGUUGAAGACAUAUUUUUGCCAAUUGAAGCAUACCAUCUCUAUGACCGCCUUGGAAAGCGUAUUCCUCAUGAAGAGAGAUUUGCAAUUCCCCGGAUUCCAGCACUAGUUGAGCUCUGCAUUCAAGCUGGCGUUGAUAUCCCUGAGUUUCCCACGAAAAGGAGAAGGAAGCCAAUCAUCCGUAUUGGGAAGAGUGAAUUUGUUGAUGCAGAUGAAAGUGAACUACCAGAACCUGUCCCUGAAGCUCCUGAGAAACUGAUAUUAACUGAAAUACCAGAUUCAGAAAUAAUAGGCCCUUCUAGUGAAGACGAAACAAUCUUGCUUGCAGAGGAAACACUCCGAGCAUGGGAACAGAUGAGAAGAGGAGCCAAUAAGCUAAUGAAGCUGUACUAUGUAAGAGUUUGUGGCUAUUGCCCUGAAGUACAUGUAGGUCCUAGCGGGCACAAGGCACAGAACUGUGGUGCUCAUAAGCACCAACAACGAAAUGGGCAGCAUGGUUGGCAGGCAGCAGUGCUCGAUGACUUGAUUCCACCAAGAUAUGUGUGGCAUGUUCCUGACGUUAAUGGACCACCAUUGCUACGGGAGCUCCGGAGCUUCUAUGGGCAAGCCCCAGCUGUAGUGGAAAUGUGUAUGCAGGCAGGUGCUGCCGUGCCUGAUGAAUACAAAGCAACCAUGAGGUUAGACGUGGGGAUCCCUAACUCUCUUAAAGAGGCUGAGAUGGUCGUUUGAGAUGAUUUAUAUUUUAUACUACACCCUCCUCCCUAUUCUAAAUACAAUGUAAACUAUUUUUAAAGAUUAUUUGGUGCAUCUGUUAGUCAUAAAAUGUAAAUAACAUAGAAUUGUUGAUUAAUGAUUAGCAAGAUAAAUGAAUCAAUUCUUUAUCAUGGAA